AUGACAGAAUCAGCCAGAGAAACACCAGCAAUGACACCAGACACACCAGGAGGGCCAUUAUUCUCAUCGGUGAGAAUUGAUUCUAUUGAACGUGAUUCCUUUGCAAAUCCCAGGUGCAACAUGUGUAUGCCCAAAAAUAUUGGUGUUCGAAUUCCGAGUGUUUCUCUAACUCAAAAGGUUGGAGCAGAGUUUGUAGGAACAUUCAUACUGAUAUAUGUAGCAACAGCAGGACCAAUAGUUAACAACAAAUACGAAGGCAUAGAAACACUUAUAGGAAAUGCAGCUUGUGCUGGUUUAACAGUCAUGGCAAUUAUUCUCUCAAUUGGUCAUAUCUCAGGCGCACAUCUCAAUCCAUCACUCACCAUUGCGUUCGCGGCAUUUCGCCAUUUUCCAUGGGCACAUGUUCCUGCCUACAUUGCAGCACAAGUAUCUGCGUCAAUCUGCGCUGCUUUUGCUCUCAAAAGUAUUUAUCGUCCUUUCCUCUCUGGUGGUGUUACUCUCCCUACCGUUAGCGUUGGACAGGCUUUUGCAACCGAGUUUGUUAUCACUUUUAUUCUCUUGUUUGUCGCCACUGCUGUUGCUACGGAUACUCGCGCAGUUGGUGAAAUGGCUGGUAUUGCUGUUGGAGCUACAGUUAUAGUCAACAUUCUGAUAUCAGGGCCAACAAGUAGCGGUUCAAUGAAUCCAGUUCGCACCUUAGGUCCAGCCAUUGCAGCAGGAAACUACAAAAAUAUCUGGAUAUAUUUCGUGGCACCGACGCUUGGUGCACUUGCUGGUUCUGGAGCUUAUACGCUUGUCAAGCUGCGUGACGAAGAUGAAGCCGAACAGCAGCCGCUACCAGUUAGGAGCUUCAGUCACUAG